GACGCUCAUCUAUAUCACUACCACCACCUUUGGUUGCCUUUGAGCAACAAGAGUUAAAAGUGUCACGAAAUUCUAACAAAAGCGAAGAAGUAGCCGAAAGGGAUAAAUUCGUGCCGUGCAGCUAGUUGCAAAUCACGGAAAAUAUACAGAAACGCAAAGAAUGUAAACGUCAGCGGCCGCGCUCGCGAUGAAAAAUUGUGUGCGUGCGUGAGUGCGUGUGCAAGUGUGCGUGCGUGCGUGCACCUCCCCCGUGUGUGUGUGUGUGUGUGCCUGUGUAUGAGUGUGGAAAGCUUUUACGCCCACCCCGUGUUUCCCCACAUCCCGGAACGAUCCGCAACAAUCGGCCCGAGAGAUGGAUGCAGCAGCAGCACCAGCAGCACCAGCACCACCGAUCGAUGUUUACGAUGUCAUCAAUCAAAAGGAAUGCGGAAUAUGUCUCACGUUCCGAACGGAGCAGAUCUGCUUCGAUAUGUUCAUGCCUCGGGAGGAGGACCCGCAGGAGAUGCCGUAUCUGGUCUGGAAGCAUGUCGGGUUACAGUUUACGCAGGAGACGGGCAAACACUACGUCUGUCGGGACUGUGGGAACGCGGUGUACGAGUUCAAUCGAUUCUACUUGAUGGUUCAAAACGUGCACCAGGAACGGCAGGCGGCGGCCGCGGUGCUCCAGGUGAAACCGGAACCCGCCGAAGGAUGUAAUGCUGUGCCGGUUGAAGAGGUGGCCCAGGGCGUAAACCAGAACGGUCAUCAUGGGGAGCUGAAAUUGGACCCAGCACCCCCGCUAGCUGGAGGUGGGCCCGUAUUGCAAGACGUUCCGGAGUACACUAUUCGCCCCGAAGCGAACGGAAUGCUGCCGAGACGGGGUCUUGUUGGUGGAAAUGGUAUGACCGAGGAUUUGGGAGAACAGCAAGGGAUGGCUUCGUACGCAACACUUAACGAUACGGAACCGGAAAGUAGCCGAAUCCGUCAAACGGUCCCCACCGCCGGCGGCACUCCGAGCCGGAAACGGAAGAACCAAGAGAUGGACGAGGAAAUUAUUGACUUCUACAAGCUCGUUUGUGACAUUUGUGAGGACCGGAUCGAGCACGGCACGAUGAAGGAGCUAAACCAGCACAUGAAGCAGAUGCACGGUGAAGAAUCGGGACGGGUUUGCUGUCCGCAGUGUGGUAAAAUGUUUCGGACCCGGGUAAAGCUGCUGGAGCACAAGAGUGUACACAUGCGCCAAGACACGACAUCGGAGGACGAUGUGGAGAAGCUGCAGUCGGAACAGAUGGACAAAGAAAUAUUGGAAUUUUACAAGCGCAUCAGUUGCGAACUGUGUGACACCGCAACCGGUGCUGCCGGAGCCGGGACACUGUACGCGACCGUAAAGGAGCUCAACCACCACAUGCGAUUGGUGCACGGACAGCAGGCCGGUACGGUGAAAUGUCCGCUCUGUGAGAAGAAGAUCCGCACUCGACCGAAACUGCUCGAACACAAGCGCAUGCACCAGCCAAACGCGCUGCUGGAGGAGGAUUCUGGCAAAUCGGGAAAUCCCGGCGGAGAGCCAGGACCCGAGCUGACGGAAGAACAGAAGCAAACGCUAGAUAGAGAAAUAUUCGAUUUCUACAAACCAAUUAUAUGCGAGAUUUGCGACCCGGAUAAGGGGCCUCCCGGUCAGGGAGAAACGGUGGGAGUCACGGGAACCGGUCAGGGAGAGGCGACAGAAGAGGAGUAUAGGUCACUGAAGCAACUGAACCAGCACAUGCGGACGGUGCACGGGCUGGAAUCGGGUACGAUCAAGUGUCAGCUGUGUGCGAAAAAGUUUCGCUCGCGGGUGAAGCUAGUCGAGCAUAAGGAUAUGCACGAGAAUCCGGAACGGUUCCGGUGCGGCGUGUGUCAGGAGGUGCACCAAAACCUAGAGGAACACAUGCAGAACAAACACCAAGAGUGGGAGUUUGCCUGCGAAGAAUGUGGCAAGCGAUUUCCUUUCAAGAACAGACUCACCGCCCACAUGGCGAAGGUUCAUAUGAAGAAGGACAUUAUCUGUGAGGAAUGUAACAAACCAUUUACUAAGUUUAGCAUCGAAAAACACAAAAAGACGGUCCACGGUGGUGCGGUGUUCAUCUGCGAAAACUGCCCGAAAACGUUCAAGACGCGCGUCUCACUCGAACGACACAUGGAGGGUCACAACAACGGGGAGCAGCAGCCGGGUUCUGCGGCCACCGUGAGCUGCUCGCUGUGCAACUCGGUCCUGAAGGACGAGUACAAUCUAAAGGCCCAUAUGAAACGAAUGCACGCCGAACAAACACCGGCCACAUGCAGCAUGUGUGGCAAAACGUUCAAAUCGAAGCACAGUCUCAAUACGCACACUGCGAACGUGUGCACCAAUCGGCAGUUCGGCUGUACGCACUGUGGCAAGCAGUUCAAGAAGCGGACAAAGCUGAAACAACACAUGACGAUCCACGCACGCGGUCUGUGCCAUGGAGGAAGCGCAACCGUUGUCUCCUUCAUCGGUAACGCCAUUAGCACCUCUGGUGCACCCAAUGGUAACGGCAGCAGUGGCAGGAGCAGCAACAGCAACAUCACCGGUUCCAGUACCGUCGUGCGCAACGGAAUUAGCUUCGGAAGCAAAAACAUACUAAAUGUAAAUUCGAAGACUAGUAACAAUGUGGUGAACGUUGUGAAGGGGGUCUAUAUACGGCAACAGCAUUAUCCUAAUAGUCAGCAGCAGUCUAGCACUUCUGGUGUGGUAACAUCUGCCGUUGGCAGCACUAGUGCCGUGAAUUUGAUUUCCGGCCACCAUCAGUCCAUCGUAGGCGGAAUGAUCAAUCACAGUUCUUUGAUGUUUGCGACGACGACAACGACCACCAAUCUCCAGCAGCAGCUGUCGGUCAAAUCGAAUACAUCCCCAGCAGGCGACGGCGGCGUUGUAGCAAAGAAGCCAGUGGUUCUCAACACAACCAAAAUCGAUACCGACACCAGCAGCGGCAGCAGCAUCGUGGCCAAUACCACCAACACCACUACCAUCACCUCCACCUCCACCACCAGUGUGACCACGACGGACACUCCCACCGAUACGGAACCGACGGGCGCUACCGAGGUGUCGCUGGAAACCAAAGAAUCGAACCCGGACAAUGAGCCUCAAGAGGAGCAGCCGGAGAUCGACAUCGUGAUCAACAACGUUGUGUGCUCGUUUAGCGUACGCUGUCAUCUGAAUCUACAUGAUAUCGCCCGCCAGGGGAAUAAUGUGGAGUUCCGGAGAGAGAACGGGAUGGUAACAAUGAAAUUGCGCCGCCCGUACACGACCGCAUCGAUUUGGUCGUCUGGGAAAAUCACUUGCACCGGUGCUACGUCAGAGCAUCAGGCAAAAAUAGCGGCACGACGCUACUCACGCUGCCUUCAGAAGUUAGGAUUUAAUGUUAGAUUUAGGAACUUUCGUAUCGUGAACGUACUCGGCACCUGCAGUAUGCCAUUCGGCAUCAUGAUUGUCAACUUCUCGGAGAAAUAUAAAAAGGACGCCAGCUACGAACCGGAACUUCAUCCAGGCGUUACCUACAAGCUUCAGACACCGAAAGCAACCCUGAAAAUAUUCUCAACGGGAAGCAUUACCGUGACCGCGGCAAGUGUGGCCUUUGUACAAGCGGCAAUCGAACAAAUAUUUCCGCUCGUUUAUGAAUUUCGUAAAAAACGAACCCCGGUGGAGAAGCUGGCAAUGGUUAAGCAAGCGCCACCGGACUUUGAUCCGCACGACGUCGAUCAUCUGAUAGAGGAGGACCGCGAAGGUGCACUGGCGGAAGCGGAAGAUCUCACGUACUGGAACGGAACGUCUGACGAUCCAAUGCAGCCGGACGAGCAGGCAGAUAAUCUCGAGACGUUCGAUGAAGAGGAGAAAGCCGGAAAAGCUGUCAAAGUCCGAGGCAAAGGUGUUCCUUUGGAACAGCAGUGUGAUGUCUGUCUUCGGAAGGAAAGUGCUUGUUUCGCCAAAUCGGAUCCUAUAUUCGAAGGCAAAAAUGUCUUAGCCAUUGUUGCACAGCAUCUGGACAUUAAAAUCACUCUGACGCGUGUCUGUCGGUAUUGCUGGGAUCGGUUGGAAGAGUUCGAUGAAUUCUAUAGGAUGGUUAACGAGCAGCAUCAUCAUCACUUACACAAGCCUCUUAAAAUCGAUCCUUCUGACCGGGCGGAAGAUCCUGUUGAAGUGGAUGAUGUGCUCGGGAUGGAGUUUGUAGAAAUUAAACAUGAACCACUGGUUGAGGACGAUAAAUAUCUGAUGGUUAAAGAGGAAAAGGAGCCGCUUCCGGAUAGCGACUGUGACAAGCUUUUGCCGGAGCAAUCCAUGGAGGCAAACGAUGAUGAACAGAAUCGCAUGAAUGACAGCACCAAUUCCGCUCCUCCAUCAUCUGAUGAAAGUGAAGAUUCGUAUACACCGAAAACCAACAGAAGCGUCCGUAAGGCAGCCAAAAAGGACCCCAAGGUGGACAGUGAGAUACUGGAAUUCUACAAACGGUUGGUAUGCGAAGUGUGCGAUGUGGAACGAAUGCUGGCCGGAGAAGCAUCGAUCGAGUAUGGUAAUUUGCGGGAGCUAAAUAAACACAUGCGGAAGGCACACGAUCAGGUGAUAGCAACCAGCAUCAAGUGUCCGAUGUGUGACAAGCGAUUACGCUACCGGGCGAAGUUGCUCGAACACCGGGAUAUGCAUUUGCAUCCGGAUCGGUUCCGGUGUGUGGUGUGCCAGGAGGUGCACCAAAACAUUGCGGAGCACAUGAAAAACAAGCACCAGGAGCGAACGUACUGCUGCGAGGAGUGUGGCAAGCGGUUCCCAUUUAAAGCCCGACUUACGGCACAUGUGAAGAAGAUGCACACCACGAAGGAUGUCGUCUGCGACCAGUGUCAGAAAAGCUUCAGUAAAUACACCAUAGACGACCAUAAACGAGCAGUUCAUGAGUCGAAAUUUAUUUGCGAACACUGUCCACGCACGUUCAAGUCGAGAUUCUCGCUCGAGCAACACAUGGAAGAACACGUGGAGGGGUUGCGCAAGUCAAUGGCCGCCACAUGCGACAAGUGUGGCGUUGUAUUGCGGGAUAAGUACACACUGCAGUCGCACAUCAAGCGAAUGCACACGGAACAUCCGCCCGUUAGUUGUGUAUCGUGCGGGAAAGUGUUUAAAUCGAAGCACAAUCUUAACGCACAUCUCGCGAACGUAUGCACCGAACGGUUCUUCCCGUGUCCGAUUUGUGAGAAGCAGUUUAAGAAGAAGAUUAAGCUAAAGGAGCAUAUGACAACACACACGAAGAGUGCGCUGUAUCAGUGUCCGUACUGUCCGAAAACGUUCAGCUUCGAGACGCAGCUGUACACGCACCGGAAGCAGAACCACUACGAACAGUGGCUGGAGAUGCAACGAAAACGCAAGGAGGGCGUUCGGUUUAAGGUUAACCGUGUCACGGACAUGCCGGCCAUGUGAACGACGGUCGACGUGUACGGCUGGUCACACACUCGACCCUCGACAAUAAUAAGUCGAAUGCACCGUAAGCCUAAUUCUAAUAGCGUUUGCGUAUUGCAGGCAUAAUAUUCGAUUUAUGCCUCCCAUAUCGUGCUUUGUUGGCGCGCCCAGUCAUUCGUUGGUAGUACGAUCGAUUAUACAAUAAAAUUUUACGUAU